AAUGGGACGGCCGGCCCGGUCAACGGGAGCUGCGACGGCGUGUCCUCGUUCGACCUGCUGAGCUCGGCCCGGGGCACCGUCCUGGGCUGCGUCGUGCUGGCCCUGGCCCUGACCCUGGGGUUGCCGGGCAACGCCUAUGUGGUGUGGGCCCUGCUGGUGCGUGGUCAGCGAUGGCGACGGCGGCCUGGGGGCCCGGGGCAGGUGACCGCCCUGCUGGUGCUCCACCUGGCGGUGGCGGACGGGGUCACCCUCUUGACCGCCCCCUUCUGGAUCCGCUUCCUGGCGCGCCGGGACUGGGAGUUCGGCCUGGCGGCCUGCAAGUGCCUGCACUACAUCUGCUGCCUCAACAUGUACGCCAGCGUCCUGCUGCUAACCGCCAUGGGGCUGGACCGGCUCCUGGCGGUCACACGCCCCCUGCAGGCCGCCCGUUUCCGCCGCCCGGCCCACGUCAAGAGGCUCCUGGUUGGCCUCUGGCUGCUGGCGGCCAUCUUGGCUGUGCCUGCCCCUUACUACCGACAGGUGGUGCGGGUCCCCCAGCUGAAUGGGAGGUUGUGUGAGCCCCAGCACCGCAGGCCCGGCGACGAGCUCUUCCACUACCUGACAGAGACGGUCUGCGGCUUCCUGGUGCCCUACGGGACGCUGCUGGCCAGCUACGGGCUGGUGGCGGCCCAGGCCCGGACCCUGAGGUGGGGGCCGGGCAGCGGGGGCCGGGCGCGGAGGCUGGGCGGCCUCAUCGUCGCCGUGGUGACGGCCUUCGGCCUGCUCUGGCUGCCGUACCACGCGGUGAACCUGGCGCAGGCCUGGGCCCGGGCGGGGGGCCGGUGCGGCCUGUGGGGCAGGCUGCAGCAGGUGCGGCCCGGCGUCACCGCCCUGGCCUUCGUCAGCUCCGGGGUCAACCCGGCCCUGUACGCCUUCGCCAGCCUGCGGCUGCUGGGCGGCUCCGGGCCCCGCCUCCUGGGCCGGGUCUUCGAGGGCACCACGGGCGAGGGGGCGGCCGGGGGGCGGGGCUCCCGUGUGGCAGCGGCCGGGAGCCCCGCCCCCUCUGCUCCCGGCCCCGCCCAGCCGCUCUCCGACCCCCAGUGA